AUGCCAGACCUGGUCAAUCCAACAUUGAGUAACAGCUACGGAGGCAAAGAGAUAAUCUCGGGCGCCCAGCGGAUCCACAACCCGGAGCUCCUGACGGCCUGGAUGAAAGAAGCGGGGAUCAAUCCGGCGCAGAUGAAGGGAUACCUGGACGGGUUCAGACUGGCUUGUCCGGCCCACACCGGCAGCGGGAUUGGCCUCAAGCGCGUCGUCAUGCUCUUCUUCAGCCUUGGCAAUAUCCGCAAGGCUUGCUUGGCUGUGGCCAGUGUGCUGGAAGUCAAGGCAUCCGCCUUUGUUGCUGUUGCUGCCCUCUGGAUUCAAACAAUUAGGGUGGACUUGUUUUAA